GAAGUAAAACAAAACGGCUCCAGCUGCUGCUUGUGUUGUGUUUUCGUUUCUCAGCUGAAUAUUCAGUAACAAUGUCUUCAGUUCAGCAGCUGAGGGAUUUUAUCAGACAGAGACUAACUGCUGCUGCGGAAGAAAUCUUCACUCAGGUAGAAAAAACCAUCUUCCGCUACGAGGAGGAGAUUAAACUGCUGGAAACCUGCUGGAAUAAACCUCAGAUAAAAUCAACCAGAGCCGAGCGCCCAAAUCAUCGUUUCCAUGGUGAGGAUGGGGUUCAAACAGACCAGAGCGCCAGUGAAGACCCGGGGGAACCAGAACCUCCACGUCUCCAGAGGAACCAGCAGGAACGCAGGCCUCCCCAUCAUCCAGACAGCCAGAAGGAACCAAAAUAUUCCUGCUUGAAUCAGAACCAGCAGGAAGCAGAACCUCCACAGGAGGAGCCGCGGUGUGCAGAGGUUAAAGAGGAGCUGGACGAACCAGAACCUCCGACUGGACCGAACCAGGAGGAGGUUAAAGAGGAUCAACCCGAGCUGCUGCAGAUUAAAGAGGAGGAAGAGGAGGAGGAGGCAUGCGGCAGCCAGCAGGUGGAGCAGUUCAUCCUGAAGCAGGAGCACUUCGACUUCACCGAGCCUCUGAGUCAGGAAGCCGACCUCAGCGAGGGAGAACCCAACAUCCAGCGUCUGUACGCCGUCAGCUUCCCUUCGGCUGGGAACCAGAACCACGAAGAACGCAGCUUCCCCACGUCUAACGCGACGGUGUCCACCGCCGAUAAAUCGGUCAAAUGCGACGUUUGUGGGAAAGUCUUUAAGAAGAAGCAUCACUUCAACCGCCAUCAGAGGAUCCACUCAGGCGUGCGGCCGUACACUUGUACGAUCUGCGGGAAAGGCUUCACGCAGAGCGGCCACCUGAAGAACCACAUCAGGACCCACACCGGCGAGCGGCCCUUCUCCUGCGACACCUGCGGGAAAAGCUUCUCUCAGGUGGUCAGCCUGAACGUCCACAUGCGGAUCCACACCGGAGAGAGGCCAUACGCCUGCGAAAUCUGCGGCAAAAGUUUUACGGUGGUGACCAACCUGAACUUCCACAGGGGAACCCACGCGGACGAGAGGCCAUUCCCCUGUGAGACCUGUGGGAAGGGCUUCGGGAACUACACGUCGCUCAAAGCCCACCGCAGGAUCCACACGCAGGGCCGGAUGCAUUUCUGCGAAACCUGCGGGAAAAGCUUCACCAAAAACGCAGCGCUGAAGGUCCACAUGAGGACGCACACGGGCGAGAGGCCGUACUUGUGUGAACGCUGUGGGAAAUGUUUCAUCAGUAAGGGGGACCUGAAAGCUCACGUUAGAACGCACACCGGCGAGAGGCCGUUCACCUGCGGGACCUGUGGGAAAAGUUUCAUCCAGAGAGGAACUCUGAACGUCCACAUGAGGAGCCACACUGCAGAAACAAACGCCAACGCUGACUGAACAGGGAUGGUCAUAUUUACUCUGUUCUCUUUACUGAGCAACUUAUUAAACUGACUCAUCCAGAUGUUUCAAACAGCUGGACCAAAUGGAGAUGAGGAGAAUAUGGCGGUUCUUUCAAGAGUUGCAGACAUGAAGGAUUCUUAAA